AUGGCCGCGGACGUGAGAGGGAAGAUUGCCGUGGAGGAGGCGGAAGCUUCUGUGCCAAAGCAGGAGAGCAAGGCGCAUCACUACAAGGGCUUUGUGGCGGGCGUCUUCAGUGGCAUAGCCAAGCUCACAGUUGGGCAUCCAUUUGAUACAGUCAAGGUCCGGCUGCAGACAACAGACCCGACUCGCUUCAAAGGUCCUCUACAGUGUGUUCUUCAGACAGUCCGCAAUGAGGGCUUCCGAGGGCUGUACAAGGGCGCGUCACCGCCGUUGGUGGGAUGGAUGUUUAUGGACUCGGUCAUGCUGGGUUCAUUGACAGUGUACCGCCGACUUCUAUCCGAUCACGUCUUUCACGUACAGCCGGGUUCUACCACAGGGAGGACGUCACUUCCGUCGUACGGACACGGCAUCGCGGGUAUCGCUGCAGGCUCGACAGUUAGCUUCAUCGCGGCGCCGGUUGAACACAUCAAGGCGCGGCUGCAGAUUCAGUACGCCGCUCAAAAGGCCGACAGACUGUACGCGGGACCCAUCGACUGUCUCCGCAAGAUCUAUCGGUAUCACGGGGUUCAGGGCGUAUACCACGGACUAUCGGCGACACUGCUCUUCCGGUCAUUCUUCUUCUUCUGGUGGGCCAGCUACGAUGUUCUCUCGCGGAUAUUGAGGGAGCGGACGAACCUCAGCGCGCCAGCCGUCAACUUUUGGGCGGGUGGAUUGAGCGCGCAGGCUUUCUGGCUAACGAGUUAUCCGAGCGACGUGGUCAAGCAGCGCAUCAUGACAGACCCCCUAGGAGGAGGCCUGAAUGAUGGAGUUAGGAGGUUCCCGCGGUGGAAGGAUGCCGCGGCGGCUGUGUAUAGGGAGGCAGGAUGGAAGGGAUACUGGAGGGGGUUUGUGCCGUGCUUUCUGAGGGCGUUCCCGGCGAAUGCCAUGGCGUUGGUUGCAUUUGAGGGUGUCAUGAGGGCGUUGCCAUGA